AUGUCUUACCAAGGUUACGGUGCUCCCUACGGCCAACCGCCGCCUCCACAAGGUUAUGGCCAAUAUCCCCCACCACAGCAGCCGUAUGGUGGUUAUCAACAACCUCCUCCUGGGCAAUAUCCCCCUCAGCAAGGCGGGUAUCAGCAACCUCACGGCCAUUAUCCUCCCCCAGGAGGUCCUCCCCAAUCUCAACAACCUUAUGGUGGAUACCAGCAGCAACCUCCUCCUCCUCCACAACAUUACGGCGCACCUCCAGGACCUCCUCAGGGCCAUUAUGGCGCGCCUCCUCCUCACCAGCAACAUAAUCAACCCUACGGCCAACCUUCACCUGCGCCGCCCAGUCACUACGGCGCGCCUCCGCCUCAACAGUAUGGAGCGCCGCCAGUCCAACCGACUCCACCAUCGCUUGGCUACGGACCGCCUCAGAUCAUCCAAUGGGAUGGCGGUCCCGACGCUGACGCUCUGCGCAAAGCAAUGAAGGGCUUUGGUACUGAUGAGAAAGCUUUGAUCGCCAUAUUGGCCAAUAAGGACCCUCUACAAGUCGAUACGAUCCGCGCUGCUUACGAACGCAACCAUCGUCGCAAACUGGUCCCUGAUAUUCAGAGUGAGACAAGUUCAUGGUUCCAGAAGGCUUUGGUCUCACUGGCCCGCGGUCCGCUACUGUCUGACGUGCACGCCUUGCAUGACGCCAUGUCUGGACCUGGAACUAAAGAGGUUGUUCUCAACGAUGUUCUGCUUGGUCGAUCAAACGCAGAUCUCAAGGCAAUCAAGAGCGCGUAUUAUCAAACCUUCCACGACAAGCUUGAGGAUGUAGUGAGGGGCGAUUUGAGCAUGAAGACUGAGCGACACUUCAUGAUUGUUCUCGGCGCUACGAGAGCUGAGGACGCUGCGCCGGUCGACCCUCGACAGGUUGAUGACGACGUCAUGCAGAUCUACAAGGCUACCGAGGGCAAGAUGGGCACCGACGAAAUUCUCGUAUGCAGCAUUCUCAGUACAAGAAACGAUAAUCAGAUUCGCGCUAUUGCGCACACCUACAAGCAGAAGUUUAACAAGGACCUUGAAAGGGUUAUCAAGAGCGAAUUUUCUGGCCACAUGGAGGACGCUCUCCUUUUCCAGCUACGCAAUGCCACAGACAAGUACAUGCAUGCAGCCAAGCUCCUUGAGGAUUCAAUGGCUGGUAUGGGAACAAAGGAUCACCUCCUAGUUUCAAGAACAAUACGCUACCAUUGGGAUCGAAACACGCUCAACAACGUCAAGGGUGCAUACCAACAAAGAUACGGUAAGAGUCUGGGCAAACGGAUUUACGGCGAGACAUCGGGCGACUAUCGAAAAACACUGCUCGCAGCAAUCGGUGAGCCUUAUUAA